AUGAAGUCGGCUUCAACCAUCUUGGCGGUCUUGGCGGUCGUUGCCAAUUUGACUUCAGCCCAGACCGUGAUCGGAAAGGCGGAAGGUUUUGCGGCCGGGGUUACUGGAGGUGGAAGCGCUGCCGCCGUCACUCCCCAGGAUAUUGAUGAGCUGAAAAAGUACUUGACCGACAACGAGCCCCGCGUCAUUGCUCUUUCUCAGGAGUAUGACUUUACCGAGUCCGAGGGCACGGAGACCGGCACGGCAUGCGCCAACUGGGGCACCGGCGCCGCUUGCCAGAGAAUCAUCUUGGACGACUGCGGCAGCGCCGUCAAGGAGACGGACACUUGGUACAAGGCCGCCCGCACGCCUAUCGAUGUUGGGUCUAACAAGACCAUCAUCGGUGUCGGUAACAAGGGUGUCAUCAAGGGCAAGGGCUUGAGAAUGAUGGGCAGCAAUGUUAUUAUCCAGAACAUUGAGAUCACUGACUUGAACCACAAGUACGUUUGGGGAGGUGACGCUCUGUCGUUCGCCGGGGCUGACCUUGUCUGGGUCGAUCAUGUCACGACUACCCGCCCCGGUCGCCAGCACUACGUGUUUGGCUUCACCCCCAGCAAGCGCAUCACCCUAUCCAACAACUUCAUCAACGGAAACUCUACCUACUCCACUGGCUGCGAUGGAUACCACUACUGGACUUUCGAGAUGGUUGGCACAGCCGACCAAAUCACCAUGAAGAACAACUACGUGUACAUGACUUCCGGCCGUGGUCCUGCCCUGAGCGGUUCAACCCUGCUUCACGCCGUCAACAAUGUGUGGGAGGACACCAAGGGACACGCCAUUGAGGGUGGCGACGCCACGGCUCGCGGCAUCUUUGAGGGCAACGCCUUCGUCAACGUCAAGCAGCUCGUUUCUGACUACCAGGGCAAGCUCUUCACUGCCCCUGACGCGACGACCGCCGCCCAGUGUAAGACUGCGCUCGGCAGAGCUUGCGAAGUCAAUGUUUUCGAGGACACCCCCGACUCGUUCAAGUAUACUGAUACCUCUUUCUUCAACGACUUUCAUGGCCUCACCAUCGCCAGCGCCGCAGCUGGCAGCGAGAUCAAGAACAGCGUCCCCAGCAACGCCGGUAUGGGCAAGCUCAGCGCUUCCUCUUCUUCCUCUGGUGCUACAAAGGUCACUGCUGAAGAGACCCCCGGUACCGUCAAGGCCGCUCCCUCCGCCGCUCCCAAGAUAUCUACCUCUGCUGCGCCCAAGCCUUCCAAGGCUGCUAUCCCCGGCGCGGUCGCUCUCUGGGGCCAGUGCGGUGGCAAGGGUUUCUCCGGUAGUACCACCUGUUCGUCUGGAAAGUGUCAGUUUUACAACGACUGGUACUCCCAGUGCAUCUAA